CGUUGCAACACUUUGGGUGUGUAAGUUCUUAAGUUAUGUGUUUGUGAAUGUGCAAGGCAUUGUGGGUGAUUGUUUAUCGGUUUCUUUUUGUAUUCAAUAAAACAUAAUUAAGCUUCUUCAGAAUGUUUUAACCUAUGUUAAUUGAAAGUGAUUUAAUUAAUAUAAAGAAAUUUUGGAGCCCGUUGCGGGCAAAUAAGUUUUGAUAAAAAUGUCACCAGUUCCAUUGGAAGGUCAUCAAACUCCUGUGGCAAAUAAUAUACCACAGGAGGGAAAUCGUGGUGGUUCCAUUUCUUUGGGAAUGCUAAUUGAUUUUAUUAUUCAACGAACUUAUCAUGAGCUCACUGUUCUCGCCGAAUUACUUCCUAGAAAAACUGAUAUGGAAAGAAAAAUAGAAAUUUACAAUUUUGCUGCAAGAACGAGACAAUUGUUUGUACGACUUUUGGCUUUGGUAAAAUGGGCCAAUAGCGCAUCGAAAGUCGACAAAUCAGCUCGGAUAAUGGCAUUUUUGGAUAAACAAUCUCUUCUUUUUGUCGAUACUGCUGAUAUGUUGGCGAGAAUGGCUCGUGAAACUCUUGUUCACGCGAGACUUCCAAAUUUUCAUAUUCCCGCUGCCGUUGAAGUUCUCACCACUGGAACUUAUAGUCGAUUACCAACUUGUAUAAAAGAGCGAAUAGUGCCUCCAGAUCCAAUAACAUUAUCAGAAAAGAAGAGUACCCUACAAAGAUUGAAUCAAGUGAUUCAACAUCGAUUGGUGACGGGAAAUUUACUUCCACAAAUGAGAAAUCUAAAGAUCGAUGCUGGAAGAGUUACUUUUCUUGUCGAGCAAGAAUUUUCCGUUUCUUUGACAGUUAUGGGCGAUGGACAAGGCGUUCCUUGGCGUCUAUUGGAACUUGAAAUUCUCGUCUCUGAUCGAGAAACCGGAGAUGGAAAAGCUUUGGUUCAUUUAUUGCAAACCCGUUACGUUCAUCAGGUUGUUCAAGCGAGACUUGCAGAAAGUACAGAUCCACUUUCGGAAGUUUAUCAUAUUUUACAUUUCUUCUGUCAAUCACUUCAAUUGGAAGUUCUUUAUUCUCAAACAUUGCGAUUGAUUCGUGAUCGAUUGGACGAACAUAUUCAUGUGGAUGAAUAUACACCUGGAAAAUGUCUUUCCGUUUCCUAUUGGAGGGAAUUGACAAGUAAAGAUCCGCGAUCGGAACUUGGAUACAGAAUGACGAUUCAAGUUGAUCAACAUGAUCCAGCAAGGCCAUUGGCUGUUGUUCAUGUUCCUUCCUUAGGCAGCAAGGAAUCUGAAAUAGCUGAUAGAGCAAUUAGAUCGGAUCAACUUUCAAUGGAGUGUCUUCUUGUUCAUACGAUUUAUGUGAGAACACGUAGUCGACUUUUUGAUUUGAAGCAGGAACUUCAAGCUAUGUUAAAAGACGUUGAAUGUACAUUGGCAGGAUCUCCGGCAAUUUUAUCAAUUCCAAUUUUACAACCCUGUCUUCGGGCCGAAUUACUUUUGGUCACUGUUGAUACACACACGGGAAUGCUUCAAUGUCACGUUCCUCAAUAUGACGCGCCUCUCGUUCCAGAACUUACAAUUGCCCUCAAUACGGAUCGUUCUCGUCUUCCGAAUUUAAUUUCUGAACUAAGAUACUGGAUCACACAAAGAAGAUGUGAAAAAACUUUGCAACAUUUGCCGGCAACACCUCAUGAACGUUUACCACUUUUAUAUCACUCGGAUCAUCCAAUGUCGAAAAUCAAUAAACAUCGAAUGUUUAUUCAACUACAUAGACAUCCUGCAAUUAUUCUUAUCGUGACUUUCAAGGAAAAAGAAACGUCACCCUGUGAAAUUGAAUGCUCGUUCUAUAUGGCAGUGGUGAAACACAGUUCAAUUGACGGCGAUCCACAUGACGACAGUAUCGAAGCGGAAAUUCCAAAAAUGUAUCUCAAAGUUCAAAGUCUCAUUGAAUUUGAUACAUUUGUUACAACUCAUGGACCAUUCACAAGUGUCGACAGUGGGAAUAAUGAUCAAGAUGGGGGGUGCAUUACAGAAGUGGUGGAGAAGGGCAGCAAUAAACGGAGAAGUGGCACAAGUGGUGGACGUACUGACGUCACUGGUACACCGCAAAAUCGACGACCAAAAUUACCGGCUUAUUUUAUUCCUGAAUUAGCGCACGUUGUGGCAUUUUGCGAUGAACGAAUUCCAUUUGUCACAUUGGCACAGGAGCUGACAAAGAGAGAAAUAGCGCAUCAAGGUCUUCAAGUGGAGGCCCAUGCCACGGCUUUAGUAUUAAAACUCGUUCAAUUGCCGGCACCAUCUCCGACUAUUGCUACAAGUUCUGCGUGGCAUGCACUUCUUAAACGAUUAUUGAGUGUCGCGAUAAGAGUUCAGGCAAAAGGUAUGGCCAAAUCUUGGAUGGCUGAAUUCGUUUUCUAUGGAAGUUCUCUUUCCAGCACGCAUCCAAAGGAACAAGGACUACGAAGACCAGUUUAUUUUCAGUAUGAUAUGUUGACUGCAGAAAAUAUUAAUCGAACCGUCGAUUCACUUUUGAGUGAUUGGGCCCAAAUUGUUCAUUUGUAUACAAUUGUUCACGAUCUUGCUGAAUAUUUUAAAAUGGAGAAAUACAAUUUGCGUAGUAUGGUUACAAUUAAAUCCUACAAUUAUAGUAAAUUAGUGAUAGCUUAUGGGGCAAAUCGAGGAGCAACGGUCACUUUUCAAUGGAGCACAAAGGACAAAGCGUUUAAAUUGACAUUUGGUAAAAGUCCUUGUAAUACGACAAUGAAUGCUCAUUCAAUUAUGAAAGAACAAUUGGAAGCGCACUUAAAUCAACAACGAAAUUUAGCGCAAAUUAUUCAUAUUCUUAAUGAAACAUUACAACCUCUCACGUCAAUUAGUAAAUUGCCGUCGAUUUUACAAUUAUGCAUUCACAAUUCCAGACCACAAAUUCCCGUUCAAACGUUUACAAUAAUGCCACAACGCGUGGGUCUCGUGAGAAUUGCAUAUUUAGGAAUGUAUUGUUUGGAAUUGAGAUUACGAGGUGGAGGACUUGUGAGUCUUCGCGAUGGUGCCUACAGUCGUUUUGAUCGAAGCAAUGUUGUUGAUGAAUUCACGCCAACUCAGGGACUGAAGACCUUCUUGUCAAAAUACGUCGAUGAAAGUGCGGUUUAUCGAAGAAGAUCGCAAUCUGAAGAUGAUAAUCCACCAUCGCCAGUGGCAAUGGAUAGUGAAGGAAGUGGAAAUGUUGGUUUCUUAGGACAUCAUCGAGGUGGACCUCAAUCUCCAGCUCAGCAAAGAGAUAAUUUGAGGUUUCAUCCGCCAUUAACACCACCAUCUGGAAGCAAUCCUCAUACUCCCGCGAGUCCCCAUACUGCAAAUAUUUCUCAGGCGAGUCAACAUCAAAGUUUUGGAAGUAGUCCAGCGACAUCAUUUAAUUUAGCAUCGCCUCCUUCACUGCCGCCAAAUACUCCAAAUAUGUUGCCUCAUCCAUCGCCAGGCUCGGGUUUAGUUGCGAACAGUCCUUUGAAUCAAAUGCACGUUCCAAGUCCCGCAGGUCUUAUGCCAACCUCAUCACCUGGUCCUUGUGGUAACGUUCAAGUUGGACAUUCACCUGCAAGUUCAUUUAUGCAAACUGGACACAUUGAUGGAAGUCCAUUCCCAGCGUCACAGAGUAUGGCAUCACCGGCGGCGUCAAAUUGGCCUGGAUCACCGAGUGUUCCACGACCUUCGCCAGCGCGUCCCGGCCAAAGUCCUGGACAUGUUGCUCUACACAGUCCUCAAGCUGCUGAACAUAAAGCCGUUAAUCAUUUAUCACGAGUUCUUCCCCAAAGAUCGUGGGCCGGUGCAGUGCCAACUCUCUUAACGCACGAGGCACUCGAAUUACUUUGUGCACCGUCCGGUCAUCCUUCAGGUUUACCUGGACCGGAUAUGUCGCCUCUCGAAAGGUUCCUCGGUUGCGUCUACAUGAAACGACAACUACAACGUUUCAUUCAAACCGACGAAUCCCUAACAAUUAUCAAUAGUACAGAACCAGGUGUUGUGCAUUUUAAAGUGGAUACAUUGCAAUGUAGAGUUGGAUUAAAUCCACAACAUUUACAAUCACUGCACAUUAAAGUUCAACCUGUUGUUGAACACAAAGAUCAAUGGACUCUUGAAGAGUUACAGAUUCUGGAGAAAUUCUUCGAUACUCGAGCAGCAGCUCCGCCUUAUAAACCAAAUGCCUUGAAUGGAUUUGGAAAAAUGUUAAAUUUACCAUUUAAUAUACUCAAAGACUUUAUUCAAAUAAUGAAACUUGAAUUGGUACCGUCAUUGGUGCAACAACAACAAUUAAAAUGGUCGGUUCAAUGGUGUUUGAGAGUACCACCAUCUGCACUGCCUCUCAUUCCAAUUGGCACUGCUUCGGUUUUAAUUUGUAAAAAUCGUGUUCUUUUCUUCUUACAAAUAACGAGAAUUGGAGUACCUUAUCAAGGUGAGCCACCUUCAUUGGUAUUACCAUUGGUUUACGAUCUGACUACAAAUUUAUUGAGUCUCGCUGAGAAGAGAGACGCUGGUGGUCCAUGGAUAAGCGCUGCAUCGAUGCAUUUAAAAAGAUUCGCUGAAUACACUACAAUUCAUUCGGAAUGCUCAAUUUUCCCAGCUGUUAGAGAUCUUCUCGCUAGUCUCACUCUACCCUCAGAACCCCCAGUGCUUACUCAACAAGUCGUAGGAUCAAUGGGAGGUGGACAAGUGACAUCGACACAACAAAUUCAAAGUCCGGCAAUGCAAUUACAUUCACCAAUGUCGGGAGGUCAAGGACCACCGCAAGGUCCUUAUGGAAUUCAAGGAAUGCCACCAAUGGGCAUGAUGGGUGGACCGCCUCAAUAGGAUUUGCUUUACUCUCCUAAUCCCGUCUGUGUACAAAACACUAAUCCUUCUUGGAUCAAUUAAAAAGUGUUUCUUUCAAAUACACAAAAUCGCAUUGGGAAUAAUUAUAUUAGGAGAGUAUAAUAUGUAUAUUUAUAUUUUUUCACAAUCUUGGAAUGAAAUACUCGCGGUCCAAAAUACAUACUUGAUAUUUUAAAUAAGUAUUCAAGUCUCGACUGAAUCUAGAAAGAAAGUGAGAGAGAGAGAGAGAGAUAUAAAAAUUAAUUUUUAUUUUGUUCUCGUUUAACUAUUUAUUGUUUUUGAUCAAUGAGCCAAGGUUCGUGUUUGUUUGAUAAAAAGACUAAUUUUCAUAUUCAAUAAUGGAAUUUCAAUGGAUUCUAUUUUUUAUUAUCUGCAGGAAAUUUUUGUUAAUCUUUACAUAUAAAAACGAACUUGAAAUAUUUCUUAAGUUCUUUUUGAAAUAUAUAUAUAUAUUAUUGUGUAUAUAUUUCAAAUGUAAAAUGUUAAUAAUUUAGAUGCAAAGGAAGAGACUAUCGUUUAAUCUUAAGACUGUGAUACUAUUUGAAUUGUGUAAAGGAUUAUUAUGCAUAUGUGUCACGCCAAUGAUUAAUAAGUUGUAUUUUAUUUUUCGAGUAGAAAAAAUACGGCACAGUAUUUGAAUGUAAUUGAAAUUUUGCAAAAAAAAAAAAAUAAAGGGAAUUUAUGAAUUUAUAAAUUCCUACUUCUAUGCAAUGUAGCUUUUAAUGAACUACAAAAAUAUCGUUGUACACUGGAAAUUUAUUGUAAAUAUAUUUGAGUAUAAUGUAGAUGAUAUAUUCUUUGAUAUGCGCAAAAAUCUCAUUUUAUUUCUUGUGGAAUCAAAAGAUUUUUAUUUAAGAGACCGAUAACAUAUACUUACAUGUAUGUGUUUUGUAAUUCACAAUUUAAUAAAAUUUUAGUAAUAAGAAAUGUUUUAAUCGAUUAUAUAUUUUUAUUUAAAAUUUGUUUCUAAGUCUAUAUUAUAUAAGCAGAUGAGAAAGACAAGGUUAGGUUAGUUUUCUUUUUAACUACAAAUUUUCUGAUAUAUGAAAAAACUACUGAAAUAAUAAUAAUAAUAACAUAAAAUAAAUGACUUAUUUUAUAAAUUUGUAAAUCAGAGAACCCUAAAACCUGUAGAUACUAAGUUUAAUAAAAAGUUGAAAAUUAUUCAUAUAAAUUUUUUACACUCAAGUUCGGAUUUUUGGAAAAAUUUAAAAUUUUUUAAAUUUGAGAUGUCCUACUGAGAAUUUUUUUCUGUUAAUUUUAAUUAUACUUAUAAAAAAAAAUCCUGUAAAUUUAAGGUUAUAAGAAAAAUGUAAGUAUAAAAAUUUUAAUAUGUACAUAAAAUUCCCUUACAUUUCCAGUAUCAAAAAAAAAUUCCUGUACGUCAUUUUAUAAUACUAAUUCCUUUGAAAAAACUAGUAAAAAGAAAGUCCAUGUGUCAGAAUAAAAUUCAAAUGUCAUCUAACAUUUAUAGUGUUAUUAAUAAAAACUUAAACCUAUGGUUCUA